GAUACAGAUUUAUUCAUUCAUAAGCCGUGUUUCCACCGGCGCGCACCACCGGCUCCUGUUGUCUACUCAGUAACCUAUUUACCGCACUGCCACCAGCAAUACAAACAAAAGAAAAGUCUUUAUUCUCAGGAACCUUUUCAUUCCUUCACCUUCAAAUGAAUCAUAAAACCCGUUUACUGUGGAUUUUCCUGCAGUAUGCUGCUGCGCUCUUCUCCGCUCGGGGGGAAAACGCUGUUCUUAAAGGUGAAGACAGUGGAUUAGAUGAAUUCUCAACAGAAAGCAAGCGUCUCCUUGGCAUCAUCAAGUACAACAUGAGAAAGAGUUUAGAUCUGGACCAGGAGGGCUGCUACCUGCAGAUGGACAAGGAGUGUCUAGAGGAGUGUGGCUUCAAUGCUACAGCCAAGACUAUUUUUAUCAUCCACGGUUGGACGAUGAGUGGGAUGUUCGAAAGCUGGAUGCACAAGCUGGUGUCUGCAGUGAUGCAGCGUGAACGGGAAGCCAAUGUGGUGGUGGUUGAUUGGUUGACAAUGGCUCAGCAGCUGUACCCUGAUGCGGUCAACCACACCCACACUGUUGGCCUUUCUAUUGCCACCAUGCUUAACUGGCUUCAGGAUGAACAGCAGCUGCCUCUAGAGAAUGUGCACCUGAUUGGCUACAGUUUAGGCGCUCACGUAGCCGGCUAUGCAGGAACGUAUGUACGAGGGACCAUCGGCAGAAUCACUGGACUAGAUCCGGCAGGGCCAAUGUUUGAGGGCGUCACGGAUGAGAAGCGCCUCUCCCCAGAUGAUGCAGACUUUGUGGACGUUCUGCACACAUACACUCGAGAGGCUCUGGGUGUGAGCAUUGGGAUUCAGCAGCCAAUUGGGGACAUUGACAUCUACCCCAACAGUGGUGAAGUGCAGCCUGGCUGUGCUUUUAGUGAAGUGUUGGCAGUGGCUAGUAAUUUCAUGGAAGUGAUGAAGUGUGAGCAUGAGCGUGCUGUGCACUUGUUUGAUCUCUCCUUAAUGAACAAGGACCACAUGAGCUUUGCCUUCCAGUGCACCGGCCCCGAUCGUUUUAAGAAGGGCAUCUGCCUCAGCUGUCGCAAAAAUCGCUGCAACAACAUUGGCUACAACUCCAGAAAGAUGCGCAAGAGGCACACUAGCAAAAUGUACCUGAAGACACGUGCUGACACUCCCUUCAGAGGCUACCACUACCAGAUGAAGAUGCAUGUGUUUGGCAGGAAACAGUCAGACAGUGCAGAUCCCACCUUCCAUGUGAAGUUGUAUGGUGCACAUAAUGAUACAGGAAACAUAUUUGUCAACGUCUAUGAUGGCACAGUCGGUAUGAACCUGACAAAUACCUUCUUGGUGUUUACUGAGGAGGAUGUUGGAGACCUGCUGAAGAUCCGUCUGAGUUGGGAAGGAGAAUCUGAAUCUUGGAACUCUGUCUGGAAGAGCCUCAAGCAGAGGUUCUGGGCCUGGAACACAAUACCAGCAAAAUCUGUUCUUGAAAUUAGGCGAAUUCGUGUAAAAGCUGGAGAAACACAGAAGAAAUUUACUUUCUGCGCCCAAGACCCUUCAAAAACGGAAAUUUCACCAGGAGAAGCCAUAACUUUUGUGAAAUGUCUUGAUGGCUGGGAAGUGAAACCAAGAAAACGCAGGCUGGCCGUGUAAAGCAGAGCAUGUCUAACAACCAAAGCACCAUAACCAUGGGGGGUGGCCUAACAUGGAUCAGCGAGAAGCACUGCCUUUUCUUUAUUUGAGCACUUUUUGUAGGAGGAAGGAUCAGCGCAAGAUUGGGAGGGGCUUCAGGUGUCAGACUCUGGAAGGUUUCCGUUGGCUUCUGGAAAUGAGGCCUUGAGCCACUUCAGCUGGAAAACACACAGGUGGAGGUUACCUGCGGAGUUGUGAAACAGUCUGUGCCACUGGACACAACACCAGCAACUGUAGUCGCUGUAUUGUACAUUUUUAAAUAUCGUUAUUUAUGAAAACAUGGAAGCACUGCAAGACCAACAUUAUUUAUCAGAGCACAUCCCAUAAUGAAGCUUAUGUUGUAUGAAUUCCUCCUAGAUGCUGAGUGUGACUGUUAGUGUGUGGGUUAUUGUGCCUUUUUACAUACAAACCUUUGUGCAUAGUGUUACUAUAUGUGGCUUUUUGGGAUGUGAUCAUGUACAUAAUGUCAAUACUUUUUUGAAAAUUAAAUAAAUUCACCUUUUAUUUGUA